GUUAGAUGCGAAAAUUGAUUCUGAUGAAAGUGGAAACGAAGAUGAUCACCCCCGACUGAUAAUUAAACAAGAUUUUCUGAACGUCUUUAAGUCGCAGAAUGUUGAGCCCUCACUUCCCCCACAGAUCUUAUCCGACAUAAAAAAAUCAUCUAUGCAGCUUGUCCUUUGGAAACCAAUGCCAGUCCUUGGGUUCUGUGAAGAUGAAGUUAAUGAGGAAGAAGACUUGACCGUCAGCGUAAAGACAGACACCAGUCCAAACACCGAAGAUGACAUUAUGGCUGACCUAGUUGAUGAAGAUAUGGACUUAUGACACAAUCGUUACGACAGACGCACCAGUAGAUAAAUGUGUGGAAUUAUGACAAGAAAAUUUGCAGGAUUGGGAGAUGGGUUGUACAAAAAAUAUAUACUUAUCACUCACCACAAUAUCAUAAGUUGAAAAAAAUAUAUAUGUAUAUGUACAUAUAUCAGCAAUUAAUUUUAUCAUCUUCAUUGUUGGUAUCAUAUUUAAUAUCAUAAAUCCUUGUUAUCAGUAUGACCAUGCUCAUCAGCCAUUGGUCACUGGUGGUGCCAGAGUAUGAAAUUGGGGGUGGGGGAAGAUAAAAUUUUAGGGUGGGUGGGGGGGUGGAGAAAUAUUUUUUUCCAUAGAACUAGAGAUACAAUUAUAAUGUAUCACAACACACAUGAACGGGUAACGCUUUUAUCCAUGUGCUUGUUUUUUUUUUUAUUUAAAUGCUCGGUAUAUCUAUUAAAAAUGUAAAUAUUUUGUUAAA